AUAACACAUAACCUAAAUUUAUUUAAAUUUGAAAUUUCAUUUUCAACUCAAAAAUCCUAUAGUUUGUUUCAAAUUUCAAAUAAGUAUUGGUUUUAGUUAAGUAAAUCCAUUGAUAGCAAUGUUUUAUAUCAUAGGCCUGGGUCUAGGUGACUGUAAAGAUAUCACAGUGAAAGGCCUAGAAAUAAUAAAAAAAUGCGAUAGAGUGUAUUUAGAAGCCUACACGUCGAUUUUAACCUGUGGAACUCAAGCUCUUGAAGAAUUCUACGGUAGAAAACUAAUAGUGGCUGAUCGAGAUUUAGUAGAACAAGGCGCAGACGAUAUUCUUGAAGGAGCAAAAACCAGUGAUAUAGCUUUGCUAGUCGUCGGAGACCCAUUUGGAGCCACUACUCACACAGACUUGGUCCUCAGGGCUGAAGAAAAUGGCAUCGAAGUAAGAGUCGUACAUAAUGCUUCAAUACUCAAUGCUGUAGGAUGUUGUGGCUUACAACUUUACAGUUAUGGCGAAACGGUUUCAAUACCUUACUGGAUGGACGGCUGGGAACCUGAUAGUUUUUAUGAUAAAAUUGCCAGUAAUUUUCGGAAUAAGGUGCAUACUUUGUGUUUGUUAGAUAUAAAAGUAAAAGAACCUACAUUAGAAAGUCUGGUGAAAAAGAAAAAGGAAUAUAUGCCUCCUAAAUUUAUGUCUGUGAGUGAAGCAGCUCAACAAUUGUUGCAAAUAAUAAAGAAAAGGAAAGAGGCACAAGUCGAAUUAGAAAUUAAUGAAGAUAAUCUAGCUAUUGGUCUGGCUAGAGUUGGAUCAGAUACUCAAAAAAUUGUAGCUUGUUCUUUGAUAGAAAUGGCCACAGUUGAUUUAGGUGGACCGUUACAUUCCUUAAUAAUUGUUGGACCUAUUUUACAUCCGUUGGAAGAAGACUAUUUGCGAAAAUUUAAACUAUGAAAAUAUAUAUUGAAGUAACAACUACAAACGUUUCUUUUUUUUUGGUAAGCUUCAAGCAUAUCUGGAUUCCGAUUCUCAAUGCCGGGCUAGACGCAGCCUUGUAACUUGUAUUCAUUCUGAGAAUGCAGCUUUCCUCCCUUAUCUUUCAUUUAUGAAAAUCUGUUCCAUGUCAAGAAGAAUCAAAACAAUAAUUCAUCACACACCCUGACAUCCAUAACUAUUUACCUUACACCUCAUGGAGAUAACCUGCGUGCAGCCUUGUGACUUCUUCCUUCAAAAGACUCGCUAUUUAGUUAUUUAAUAAACAAUCUUCGCCAAGCAAACUUCCAUUAAGAUUUGAGAAAAAUAGAAUCAAUUUUUGUUUAUUCCCUGCUUUUCGAAAUAAAUGCCGGUUCUUGGAUUUGUCAAAACAACCCAAGCAGUGCUUUUACGUUCUUACAAUGAUUGAACUCUUGAGGUUAGAGCGCGACGUUAAAUAGACGACUAUACAACCCUUAUUUUCACCAAAAUAGAGAAUCAUUACUCGUUAGUCUAUGAGAAUCAUUUCAUGGUUGUUACGAUGUCGUAGGUCACGAGGAAAAACCAAUUUUUAGCUCAUAUACAACAUCAGUUUGCACAACCAUUUUUGAACGUUUACUAAAAGUUGCAACCCAUGACUACCCUAAAAAAAUUCAAAACCAAAAAAAAAUCAAGUUGUUCCAGGUUAGGUACAUUGCACGUCAUAAUUCGCACUCUUCGUUCAUUAUUGGUAUUAUGGUUGGUAGGUUGGUUGUGUCAAAUGAUGUUUCAGAGAGGUCACAAGAUAUAAAGAUAACUACGGAUCGACGUCUUCAAUGUAACUUUGAACUUGAAAACCAGCUCACAUUUUUUUGGAGUAUCAGAUUAAAAUCCUGGGACUUUAGGUACCAUAGUAUCAUGAAUUUUAUAACUACUAGACCCUAGAGUACCUCAAGUACCUACCUGUUCCUUUUUUGAAUGGGCUUGGAUCUUAUAUGUUCAUGCAAUAAUCUCAAUUUUUGAAUAUACUGCCGGAUCUGAUUUUGUAUUAACUUGGGAUUUUGAAUUAACAAAAUAAAACCUUCAUUGUGUGAAAAUUUCAGCUUGUAACUCCGACGCUCCGGCAAAAGUCAAAAUAUAUUAUAAGGAGCACUCUACUAUCAAACACUUUGACAAAAGCAAAAAGUGUGAAGACUAUGAAUUUAAGUAGUAGAGUUAUAAAUGCUUUAAAUACCAUUUGUAUUUUAUAGUAGGAAUAGGAAAGAACCAAAAUAAAAAUACCAAAAUAAAUGUUUAAUUAAUUCAAUAUAUUAAAACAUGAAAAUAUAAAACAAUAAAUGAGGUAAUAUGUAUAAUAUACCGAUUUUUAUUUAAUUUUUAACAUCUAACAUAUUACAUGAUAUCACAUGUUUAUUUGCACACAUCCAAGUGUUGUACGUAAAUGUAAUUAUUGACGAAACGUCGAUGUGGGACGAUUUAAAAGUACUUUUUGUCUUUGCACCCUUCUAAAAAAAGUUUUCUUCAAAACAGUAACAGAAAAAAAAAAUACAAUAUCAAUUUUAAAAAGGAAUGUGAGUCAUAUGUUAAUAUUAAUAUGUUUGUCAAAAAAAUUAGGUACUUUUCAUUACUGUUUUAAAAAGAACCCUUUCCUAUGAUGAAAAAAUCCUUUAUUGCAACUUUUAUCAAAAUAUUAUUCAAAAUUUCAUAAAACUCUUUUAGAAUAAAGACACAGCUAGUUUAUUUUUUUAUCUUAAAAACUGUAUAUUAUGUAUAUGAUUGCCAUAAUAUUUAUUUUUUUGAAAUGGAAUAAAAGCAUAAUGUAUUAAAAAACCAAUUGCAAUAUUAUAGUUUUAACAGUCAUAAUUUGUGCCCUCGUAUUGUUACCUGUUCCAGCUAAAAUUUAGUUUGAUAGUUUUAAAUUGACAACAAAAAAAAAAUUAAAUGAAAAAAAAGUUAAAGUAAUUUAUGGCAAGAAAAAUAAAGGACUCAUUUAUGUAUUAGCCUAAAUAACACAACCAGUUUUAGGCAAUUGAAAAUCUAAAUUUAAUGAAUCAAAAGACUUAUUUGUUUACCUAUAGAGAAAUAUGGCGUACACUUAGAAAGAUAACCCUAUCACCUUCCUCUUUUAAGAAGUCGUUUUUGGGACGGUUUAGAACAUUAUUAAUUAAGUUUUUUGUUUAAAAUUUUAUAUCAAACCUUAAUACUGGCUCACGACUUCUUGGCAGAUUCUGGUGAUAGGUGACUAGAAUAAGUCACCCAACGAGAAGUUGUCAAUAUCCGUGUGAAAAUUUGUUCAUAAGAACUACAAAAAUAAGGAACUGUUUUGCUAAGUAACUUAAACAAAUUAAUUUAGAUUCUGUAAAAAUCGCUGGGUUUUUAAUUAUACUGCCAAUUAUAUAUUCAUAUAAAUUUCACAUAUAAUUUUUAAAACAGUUAUAGUAACGUUUAUUUAGUUUUUUAUGUACAAACAUAUAGUACCUAUAUUUUAUUUCUCUUAUUUACAUUAUAUACAAAAUUUCUAGUAUAUACAAUAUUGCCAUAGUAUUGGCUUUUUAAUAUCAUCAUUUUUUUCACCUAAAUUAUUGAGCCACGCAGCAUAGAGCGAAUUUUUAUUUAAUGAGUUUAAAAAAAAAAAAGGUAAAUUAGGAUCAUAAAUCAAUUCUUUCCUCUUAGUCUUAUGGUCAUGUAUAUUAUCUAACUUAAAAAGCACCAUUUAUAGUCUUAAAAUAUCACCAAUAUUUGCUUAGGUAACGGUUUUUUUUUUUGAAAUUUCAAUUCAAUUCAAAAUGAGAAUUAUUUAGGUAUCAAUAAAAUAGAUUAUUAUUGAAAAAAAUCUGUAUAACAGGCAAGUAUUUUAUUGGAGCACAAAUAUAUUUUCCUGAUGCCUAUAUAGUUGCUCAUGAUUUUCGUCUAUGCUGCGUUAAUUGAGCGAUUGAGAUCAGAGAUGCAUAGCCUUACUCGAUAAGUACCCAGUCCAAUCGCUUUUAAACAGAAAUAAAAAGUUUCUUAAUUUACGGAUCACAACCUGAGUAAAACCACCAUUACUGGCUUAUUGCUACGAGCCACCCACUAAUACGUGCAUAAAACCAUCCCACUCAUUUAUAGAGUCAGUCCGUGAAGUCGAUGGUUCUUUCCAUUCUUGAUCACUACUAUUGCUUAGACCUAAUUCCGCGUAUAGUUCAUUAUUAUUUAACGAUUCUAGGUCAGUUUGUGACGUUAAACUAAGCACUGAACCCCAAUUAAUAGGCCGCGUCAAUUCACUGUCUUCAUCCCCCAAGCCGGAAUCUGUGUCAGGCACUUGCGAAGGAAACGGAGUGGCCCUACCCGAAGAACAAGCCAUAUCUCGCAAACUUUGUUCGUAACCACUGGGUUCAGUCACAGGACAAGGCCUAGUCGGAGGUGUCAUUUCAGGUAACAUAGGGUAACUGGGUUCAGGAGGAUCCGCUUCCAUUUCACGCUCCAACCUCCUUAAGGUAUUGCAUAUAAGCACGGACCUUCGCAAGGAGGGAUCAGAACAUUGUCUAUACCUCGCCAGUUUGCACAUGGAAAGGUUUAACACAGCCAGUCGUCUUUGUCUAUAACAGGGUACAUGACACCAUCGUGUCCUACCGUCACAACAUCUCGUCCUCGUUUUAACUUGGGGAGAAGCUCCAAGUUCCAGGUAGGAUUUACCGUUCUCUUCGCAUCGGAUUGUUUGUUGCUGAGGUGGUUGGUAAUAUUGCCAAUAAUCAGAUGAUUGAUACCUAGAAAAACGAAUCGAUUAGUGAGCUAAUGUAUGUUUGAAUUGUCUCUGUACUAACCUGCUGUAAGAUUGUUGAGGAACAGGAGAAGCAUAUCUCGGUGGUGGAGGUUCGAAAGGUGGCACCACUCCGGCGCACUUUUCUUCGUCGCUGAGUUCGUCUUCGAACUCGUCAUCGUCAAACUCGUCUUCGCUCAGCAACGUGGCUGCUAAGGAGGGUGUCGGGGCUCGCCACGCGUCAGCUGCCGGUACAGCUACCGCCCUCAAUCUAGCUAUGCAAUCGUCACUCGUAGCUGUAGGAGUGGCGUCCCAUUUGCCGUUCUUUGCCGGCGAAGCUUCCACAUCUAAAGAUUCUAGUUUACGUUUUCCUGUCACUACCGCGGUGGUCGUCGACUGCAAACCCAUCAUGGCACAAUUCUGAAAC